AUGAUGUUUUUUCUUCACUUAAUCGGACUGUUCCUUUUGGGCAUUGCUAAUUUGAGCAAUGCAAGCGCCUCAGCAACUACGACGGGUUUCCUCUCCACUCCUUCCGGUACUCUUCGGGUUCCUAAGGGAGCUUCAUGUGCUUGCGCGAAACUUUUCCGGUCUAUGCCAAGGAGCGUGAUCGGUCCCGGUUCGGCAAACUACACAACUCAGACUGUUGAUAACUACUGGGAUAUUCGGGCGGAUCUUUCUCCUGCGUGUGUUUUCGUGCCCAAUACUGCUGCUGAGGUGUCGCAGGCAGUUAAGAUCAUCGCAGCCUGCAAUGCGCAGUUUGCUGUUCGUGGUGGAGGUCACAUGAACUAUCCUGGAUCGAACAACAUUGAUGCGGGAGUCCUGAUUGCUCUGUCGAAUAUGAACUAUAUCAAUGUGAAGAAUAACACCGUCGAAGUAUACUCCGCACUUGAGCCUCAUGGUCGUGUCUGCAUCGGUGGCCGAAUGAAGACAAUUGGUGUUCCCGGACUCAGUCUUAUCGGCGGUUUCCACUAUUUCAACAACAAGUACGGAUACGCCAUGGACAAUGUGGUCGCAUAUGAUGUUGUUCUUGGGAAUGGUACCCAGAUUAAUGUCAACAAGACCUCGAACGGCGAUCUCUUCUGGGCCUUGAAGGGCGGCGCGAAUAACUUUGGAAUCGUCACCAGAUUCGAACUAAAGACUUAUGCUGUUCCAGAGAUCAGCACCACUAUCCAGGUCUUCAAUGAGACAAACCUUCCCCGAUAUCUUGCUGCUGUAUGCGAAGCGGCAAAGCUGGACAACGAAGACCCCAUUGCUGCGGGCAUGAUCUCCACUAUUACCUACAAUGCGACCACCAAGGUGGCACAGGGCUCAGUCCUCGGGGUCCAGGAGGGUGUCAGCAAGCCCCCAUCUCAAUUCGCCAACUUUACCAAGAUUCCAGCAGCUGAAAGGAUUCACAAUGUCACUACCAUGAAGCCGUGGGCCGAGGCCCUUGACUCCCCUAAGCAGAUGAUGCGGGCCUGGAAAACUGCAGUCGACAAUAUUGCAGACGUCCAGGGGCUUUACCCAACUUUUGUUACGAACGUCAUUUCGCCGAAUUCAAUCCGAGUGGCCAAGACCAAUGGCGUUGGCAACGUUUGGGGUCUUGAAGAAGAGCCUCUCAUUAUCUGGCAAUUCAGUACCGGUUGGGACCUAGCCCAGGACGAUAUUCGCAUGGAGGCUUGGUCUCGCCAACUGGUCGAGCAUCUCCACAGUAUCAACAAAGAUCUGGGGCUUGCUUCCGAGUUCAUCUACAUGGGUGAUGCUGGUGAGUGGCAAGAUCCCUAUGCGGGGUUUCCCGUUGAGAAUGUCGCUCGUAUGAGAAAGAUUAGGUCUUCUUAUGAUCCUGCUGGUGUUUUCUCUACCCUUAGCUGGGGUGGCUUUAAGCUGGGUCUGUGA